AUGACUGAGCACAACUUCUCCUUGACAACUGAAUUUAUUCUCAUAGGAUUUACAGACCUCCCACAGCUGAAGACCCCUCUUUUUCUGGUGUUCUUUACCAUCUAUCUGAUCACCAUGGUGGGGAAUCUUGGCCUAGUGGCAUUGAUAGUUACAGAGCAUCGUCUUCACACACCAAUGUACAUCUUUCUGGGUAACCUCGCACUGAUGGAUUCCUGUUGUUCUUGUGCCAUUACCCCCAAGAUGCUGCAGAACCUCUUUUCCAAAGACAGAAUGAUUUCCCUCUAUGAAUGCAUAGUACAAUUUUAUUUUUUCUGCCUUGCUGAAACUGCAGAAUGCUUUCUCCUGGCAGCAAUGGCCUAUGAUCGCUUUGUGGCCAUAUGCAAACCACUGCAGUACCACAUCAUGAUGUCAAAGAAACUCUGCAUUCAGAUGACCACGGGGGCCUACAUAGCUGGAAACAUUCAUCCCGCUAUUCAUGUAGGGUUUCUGUUUAGGCUGACUUUCUGCAGGUCUCAUCAAAUCAACCACUUUUUUUGUGAUGUGCUUCCAUUUUACAGACUCUCUUGUGUGGACCCUUAUAUCAAUCAACUGAUGGUAUUUAUCUUUUCAGGGUCAAUUCAAACCUUUACCAUUACCACAGUAAUAAUCUCUUAUCUUUUCAUCCUUUUCACAAUUUUCAAAAUGAAAUCUAACAAGACCAGAGGCAAAGCCUUAUCUACUUGUGCAUCCCAUUUUCUCUCUGUCUCAAUUUUCUAUGGUUCUCUUCUCUUCAUGUACAUUAGACCAAGUUCAGUUAAUGAAGAAGAAAAAGACAUACCUGUUGCUAUUUUUUAUACUCUAGUUAUUCCUUUAUUAAACCCUUUUAUUUAUAGUCUAAGAAAUAAAGAAGUAAUAAAAGUCAUGAAAAAAAUUAUGAAGAUUUCAUAA